AUGUAUAUCCAUCAUAAUCGUGAUAUUUCCAUUACUAAAAACAAUAAAUUCCAUAAAUAUUUUAGAAGUUAUCACAAUAUAGAAUUAACAAAAGAUUAAUAACUAGUAGUUUCUUUAGAGAUAAAGUUUGAAGAUUACAUAAACUGGUCAGUUGAUGUUUAAUAAGAAAAUCUAGAUUUAUACAAUUCACUAUUUAAAUAAUAGCAAUAAUAAAAAUAAUAAUGGAGUUUACCAUUUGAAUAACAAGAGUAGUUUGAAAAACAUUUUGUGAAAUUCUAAAGUUACUUCAAGCUUGAAAAAAAUUAAAAAAUAGAAGAUAAUAAAAAUGAAGAAGAAAACGAAAUGGAAUUAGAAAUUCCAAGUUAAAAUUAACUGAAAGAAAACAAUAUAGAUAAAAAUUAAGAAUAUGAAGCUGAACUUUCUUUGCUUACUAAAUUAAAAAAUAUGUUAACUAUUUGUUUUGAGCAUAAUCUAAAAAAGAAAACUAAUUUUAAAUUAGAAAUUGUUAACAGUAAUACAAUCGAUUUUAAAAGUUAUUAUACUUAUUAUGAUUAUGAUUAUUACAAUAUUUCUUCAGAGUUUAUAAAAGAAAGCUCUAAAAUCCUUUAAUUAGAUAUUAAAAAAUACAACUCUUAAGCAAGCUUCAAUUUUGCUUAUGUAUAAGAGAAAAUUUUGAUUCUCGAAAUAUUAAAUGAAUGUGAAUUCUGCUAUUAAGAGCUGAGAAAGGAAGAUUUUUCUCUUUUAAAUAUUGAAAGGCUAAUUAAAAAAAUGAUGUUUAAUUCUAAAGCUGAUUAAGAGUAUAAUUAACGUUCAAAAUUAAAUUUUAGAAUGCUGUAAAGGUUUGAUAAUUUAUAAUAAUUAAUCUUAGAUUUAGCUGAUCAAGAUGUGGGUAAAUUUUUGAAGGACAACCCAUAAAUAUAAUUAUUUAAAUAGUAUUAAAGGAUUCAAUCUUUAAAGCUUUAUAUUGAUAAUCAAACACAAGGAUUAUCUCAUUUAAUAAGAUAAAUUAAUUUAAAUAGAAACAUAAACACGGUUGCACUUAAAAAAAAUGACUAUUAUGAAGAAAUCACCUUUUAAUAGAAAUAAUUCAGAAAAUAAAUAUUUAAGUUGAAAAGAUUAGUAGUUUUUGACAGGCAUAGAAUGGAUGAAUAGUUACAAAAUUGA